GAGACGACCACAUUCACGAGGAGGAAGAACUGCAGCUCAGAAGAUCAUGAACAAAACCUUUUGUAUUAUUUUCAGCUUCGAUUUCACCGGCAGAUUCCUGCCUCCUGUUUUAAUCUUGGUCUUCAUCGUCGGCCUGGUUGCUAACACAUGGGGGAUGAAGUCUUUGCGGCAGAACUGGAAGAAACUGGGUAGCGUCAACAUGUUUGUUCUCAACCUGGGACUUGCAGAUGUUUUAUAUCUGCUCACGCUGCCGUUUCUGGUGGUUUACUAUAUCAAGGGGAAUGUUUGGAUCUUUGGAGCUACAUUCUGCAAGAUAACGAGAUUCUGCUUCAACCUGAACCUCUACGGCAGCAUCGGAUUCCUUACCUGCAUCACUGUGUACAGGUACCUGGCUAUUGUUCACCCGAUGAAAGUGUUGGGAAGAAUCACUGUCACUCAUUCUGUGAACAUCUCAGUCCUUGUGUGGCUGCUGGUGGCUGCCCAGAGUCUUCCAGACGUGUUCUACAUCAAGACGUCUGGAAACCAAACUGAGAAAUGCUACGAGACCACACACGACACAUUUGUGGAAAAUUACCUGAACUACAGCCUGGGGAGGACCCUGACUGGGUUUUGUAUCCCACUCCUCAUCACACUGGGCUGCUACGGACAUAUGAUUUUCACACUGUGGUUCAAAAACAACGUCGACAAGGAUCUGAAGCAAAGGAGCCUGAGGUUGAUGUUCAUUUUGAUCCUUCUCUUCUCUGUUUGUUACAUCCCCUAUCACCUGUUCAAGAACCUAAAUCUCUGGUCAAGAGUUCUGAGCAAACACGGGAACUGUCACAGGUGGUCCAACGGAAUUUACAUCGGCCAUCAGAUAGGUCGUGGGCUGGUGUGUCUGAACAGCGCCCUCAACCCUCUGGUUUACCUCAACGCAAGUAAAGACUCCGGCUCAGCUUUGACAUCUGCUCGUCGAGCCAUCAUGCGCCCGUUCACCACCAAGGUUUCUACGGUGUGAAUGAAGAUCAACAAUUGCAUCAUCUGGAGCUGGGUCGGAGGCGGUUGUGACGUGGCGUCGAGGCUGGAAGAGUCGAGAGCUAAAGCAGCUUAAAUAUGAGCUUUAGCAGCUGAUGUGCUGGACUGUGACUGAGCUCGACUCCAUCACUCCACAGAUCUAACGCUGCGUCAUUUUAUAAAACAGCUGCAAAAAGUCCAUAACCCAGAAAGUAGAAGUUAAAAGUUCUAAAUGUUUUUUUGAGAUUGUUUUGAAAGACACAUCAGUGCACUGAUAAAGCUCCUCAGAGGGAACUGCAACCUUUUAAUUAAAGGGGCCUGAUCAUGAACUAAAAGUUUGAAGUAAAAUUAGAUAAAUGUACAUUUUACUUUUUCUUAAACUAGAAAAUUGACUCUGAUUGUCCUGAUGUUUCACAGCUGGAAACAUCAGGACUGAAGCAGUAAGUUUCAUAUAUUUGGGCCGAUUUGAGUCUCAAUAAUUGUAUCUUGUUUUUUUCAACCUAGAAAAAGUUAAAAUAUGAAUCGAGGACAUUGAUCUCGAUGCUACUUUGGUCAUGAAGAUGUUUUUAAAGACGUAUUGACUUUGCUAUAAGGCGACGACGUCUCAAGUAACAAAUUAAAAUGAAUUAAAAUGAGUAUUUGUUAGAUAGAAAUCCUGCAGAAUGACUCCAGCCUCUGUGUUGACAGAUCUUGUUUUAUGACUCGACCAAUGCAACUUUGUGCCUCUGUGUUUGUGUUCGUGCGCGCGUGUGUGUGUGUGUGUGUACGUGUGUGAUGCGCUCUCAGAUGAUUAUGCACUUUCUUUAUUUGACUGUUUUGCUGUAAAUAAUUCUGUCCAUUUUAUGUAUAGUUAAUAAUGUCAAUAUUUUACAAAGAUCCUACAUUUGUCUUCCUGAUGAUUGUUACUAUUCUAAAUUGAUCUUUGUCAUUUCCUUACUGAAGUCACACAUUAAAGUCUGAAA